AACAAAGCCCCGAAAGGAAGUUAUUUUUUUAUUUAUAAGAAUACAGAAGGAAGUAUUAUCCAAACAUCUGUAUGAUCACAUUUCCUACAACCACCAGCAACACUUGUUUUGCCAGAUUCCUUUACAGAGAAAAGAGAUUCACCUAACCUGGCACAAUCACGGAGAUCGAAUAUUUGACGACAGCAGACUGACGCAGGAUGAUGAAGAUGUUUGGAGGAGUCACUUGGUGCUGUGUAGCUCUGCUCCUCGCCCUGACUUCUGUGUCGGCUGUACAGAAAGAGCUCGCUUCAAUCGAUGAUUUGAAGCAAAUCAACUUUCGCCAAUCUGUGCCCAAGCACAGUCUUCUGCUGCUCCACUGGUUUGCCAACAAAAUCGACAUCGACAACAACGAUAUUAUACGGCUGACCUUUGACCCAAACAGUGGAGAUUAUGGCUCACACCAUUAUGGCAACUUUGAGGGGCUGCUGGACACACUGCCUCGGGGAAAUCAACACCGCUACUACACUAUAGGAAAUCUCUAUAGAGAAGCACCGAUCCAACUUCCUCCUUAUGUAUUGCAUCCCCGAAGGCAGUAUGUGGGAGAGAACAGGGACAGGAUCAUAGCUCGAGUCAGAGACCCAAACAUAGAAGGGCGAGCGCACCGGAGGAUAGACAGAGUGUUUAUCACACAGCAUUACGACACUAAUGAAAAUCGGGGCACACCUUAUGAUCCAGAUCACACAUACAGGAUCACUAUUAACCUCCUGAGACAGAUCAGAGAGUUUGCAGUGGGACAAAACCAACAGCAACUGAUGCAUCUCAGAAACCGCUUUGGAAGCAGCGCUGAUGACUUUGACAUUGUAAACACAUGGGGUGAACUUGCUUGCCUUGGACUGCUGUUGUAUAUUGUUUUCCAGGAAAAGCCCUCCUCUAACCAACAGAACAACCGCCCGGAAAACAGAAGAGAUCCUUGGAAUGAGAUAAACAGCUAUAUUCCUAGAAUUUUUCCAAACUUUGGUGACGUUGUGGUGAAUUUCAACGACGAUGAAGACCAGGAAGCCAGCAGGACAACAAGAAACUUCAUCUCAGAACCACGGAUCAACGUUCGGAGGUCGUUCUGUUGUAUUUUCUGCAUUUGUUGUAUUGCAUGCAUAUGUUUAAUUUCAUUGUGCAUCAUAAUGUAUUUUUGGUCUGAAGGAAAGAUAUGAUAAGUUAGAACUUUAAUUGCUGUGCAGCAGUUGCAAUACAAAGUGGGAAGAGUGCAAAUAUAAAAGUCUAAGAUAACGAUAAAGUGCAAAUAAUGUGUUAAUCCAAUAUAUAUAUACAUAUACACACACAACCCUAAAUUGCAGGUCAACAGUUAAUUCAUAAAAUACAAACAUGUUAGGGAUGAGUCUAAGUAGGGUUGCUUAUGAUUGUGUGCAUGAUAUUGCAGUAGCGGGGAUUGAAGUUGUGGUGAUAAUAAAACACACAUCUUAAGCUGUGUGCUAUGAAAGCUUUCACAAAUAAUGUAUUGACUUAAAAAAAUUUAACAGGGGUGUAUUUCAUUAAAUGUGUUGUGUUGUAAAAUGGAUUGA